GGGAAGUUUGCCUUCAUUCGCUUGCCGUAGGGGUAGCUUUGCCUGGAUAGGUUCUGUCUCUUGGCUGGGUGGUCGCGCUUAGGAAUGUCCAGAAGAGAGAUGACAACUGAUGAAAAUAGCAGCACUGGAGCUGGUUCCAGUAUGUGUUUUGGACAGUGUCGGUAUACAGCAGAUGAGUACCAGGCCAUCCAAGCUGCUCUGCGGCAGAGACUGGGCCCAGAAUACAUCAGCAGCCGACAGGCUGGUGGAGGGCAGAAGGUUUGCUACAUCGAGGGGCACAGAGUUGUCAGUCUGGCCAAUGAGAUGUUUGGUUACAAUGGCUGGGCUCAUUCAGUCACUCAGCAGAACGUUGAUUUUGUUGAUCUAAAUAAUGGCAAGUUCUAUGUGGGUGUCUGCGCCUUUGUAAAAGUCCAACUUAAGGAUGGGGCAUAUCAUGAAGAUGUUGGCUAUGGAGUAAGCGAAGGCUUGAAGUCUAAGGCCUUGUCUUUGGAAAAAGCAAGGAAGGAGGCAGUUACUGAUGGACUGAAAAGGGCACUGAAGUGCUUUGGUAAUGCGCUUGGGAACUGCAUUUUGGACAAAGACUACUUGCGCUCAGUGAAUAAGCUUCCUCGUCAGAUGCCCCUGGAUUUGGAUUUGGGCAACGCUAAAAGGCAGGACUUUGAGCCUGCUGUGGAGAAGGCAAGAUACAGUAGCUGCUUACAAAAGGAACAGGAAGACCAGCAGCAGUUAACCACAGCUACUUCCGGCAAAUCUGACCAAUCAGAACCUUCACUGAGCACUUCUGAACAAGAUCAGGAAAACAGAGUGUCGCUGCCCUUGGAGAGUGAUGCCACGUAUCAGCGGAAGUUACGGCAGAAGCAACUGCAGCAGCAGUUUAGACAGCAGAUGCAGAAGAAAGAACAGAUCCAGCCAAAUGUUCCAGUUGGUCAAGCUCUCAACCAUGCUCAUAAUGUCUCUCCUAUGAAGCGCAGUACUUCAGCCCAGCUAGAACCUACUUUGGAAGAGGAGUUCCUUGCAGAUGACCCUGGGCUAUGGGACUUGCCCUUGGAGGCUACUGACCCCAGUGUUACCCAUCACAAUGCAGCACCUGUUCCAGCCCAACAUCACAUGAUGACUCGCAACAGAACACCUCAAAGAAUAAGCCAUCAAAGAACAUACACAAAAGCUGUACCUUGGCAGGCAUCCAUUAGUCCCAAACCCUACUCACCAGCAGAGUGCAGUCCAUACAGGAGAAGUCAAGGCAUGAAGAAGAGAAGAUUGGAGCCCUCUUAGCAUAAGAUGAAAUACUUCACUUUGCUUUAUUUGUCAGUAUGUUUUUCAAAACACUUUGCCAUUACUUCAUGGAUUCUGUAGUUUGUUUUGGCUGCAAUUUUAGAAUGCAGAAUAUUUCUUUCCUAGAUUGACAUCCAAACAGCACGUAUAGGAAAAGAACAGCGUAGAAAGUGUUUGCAGUAUUUUAAAAUCACUUUAUUUUUAUGCUAUCUUCAGACCACAACCCUGAUAUCUUAUCCUAGCUUGACACAAACUAAGAUUCAAAUGCAACAUUAUAAUUUUUUGUCAUUUUAUUUUAAUUGAAGACCACCUUCUUAACUAGUAUGAACUAGUUAACUUGUGCUAUAAGAUGAACUUGUGCUAUAAGAUGCUUAGUUGGCUCUGUGCUUGAACAGGGGUAAACUAGUCAUUUGCUCAGUAAAAAUGCAGAGAUAAAAAGUUACCAAGUACAUGAAGGUUACCACAUUUUAAAGCUGUACAUCUGAAACCAACUUUUUGUGGAAUAAAAUUGUUUUAAGUAUUUGCUUCUAUAGGAUAUCAAACCCCUAAAAUUAUACAAUGCUAGCCCUUUUAUUAAAGCAAUUAAAUGAAAGCUUUAAAUCAUAA